AGUUCAGCAACCUUUACGGCAAUAUUUGUUGUUUUUUGUUCUCACUGUUCAAGGCCUAACUCGUUAUUGGUAUGGUUAAAUGGCCUUGCUGCUGUAAGUCUAUCCGUCAUUGGAAUAACUAUCUUAUAUUUUGUAAUAUUUGGCUGUAGAGAAGGAGAUAACACUGAAAAUGAUGCUGACGUUGUCAUCUCCGAAAUUCCCGCCGAAGACGUGGAAAAAUCACCAGCUCCUGUAAUUCCUUACAAUCACAUACCUCAUUAUUCACCGUUUGUUCAACCCUCUUCAAGAGAUUUGCCCGAUUAUUUUACCACGAUGCAAAACAGCAAUGGAGGGGAUUUACCGGAUUAUUAUAGUAUUCUUCAAAAUGGCAACGGAGCUCAGCUUUUCGCGGACGCUGAAAUCUCAGGAGAUACUUCACCACCAUGUUACGAGAAAACGCUUGAAAUGACUCGUUCUGGAACGGCAUGUGUCGACGUACGAUCUAGCAACAGUGUAUGACCUUUUGUUUGAGGAAAAGGUAUUCAGUAUCAUGAGCCAGAAUGGGACCAUUAUGGCUCUUUGUAUUAUGUAUCUUGACACAUGUCAGAUAGCCGCCGCGGACAUCAAGUCAAUAACCCAUUACUUUGACAAAAUUCGGUUUCUUGUACCACGGUCCUACUAGACUACGGGUAGUCCCCAUUUUUCCUCAGGGAUAGUAGAACGCGCAAAAUGCGAGCGCGUGUGAAAAUAAAGCCAUGCGAGAAAGAAGAGACACGGUGAGAGAGAGUAAAAUCACUACGUCUCUCGUCUCGCGUGGGGUGAUUUUCACGCGCGCUCGCGUUUCGCUCACUCCACUAUCCCUGAGGAAAAGUGGGGACCACUCGUAGUCUGUGGUCCUACAUACGCUUAGGCUAUGCUCACCCCCACGGGUACUGGAUAGCUUCUCGUGCCGACAGGAAAAGCUAUCCAAUAACACCUAUCCGAUAUGUGACUCUCCUCUUAAGAGAUCGGCGAGGCGCAGCAUAUCACCGUUUAGCCUGAGAGCAAGCUCUCCUAUUUGGGGCGAGCGAAGCGAGCAGCGCGCGAACGCUCUUUUCGCGCGCGAGCGAGCAUCUCCUCUCGCGUGCCUCUCGCGCGUGUACUUUUCACGAUAUCCCCAAAUGGAGAGCUUGCUCGCAGGCUAAUCACCGUUCCUAUGUGUAAACAGAAGCCCUAUCUGUCUGGUGUGAUUUUCGCGACUGCGCAAAAGUUGUCCAGUAUUGUGUGAAUACCUGACAACCUGACAGACAGGAAGAACAAGCGGAGUUCACUUUGGAAACCAAAACAGUCCACCGUGAGUUAAUCAGGAUGUCUGAUGCUUGUUGAGAGAAACUGAGAAAGAAAAUAGCAGGUCCGGUUUUAAAAGAAUUUAAUCUUUUCAUGAUACUUUCUUUCAUCUGUAAAACAAUAAAUGCAUGACAACCACUGCUCUUUUCGGAACCUAGUUCCCAGGACUUAAGGGGGAUGAAGGAUGAGGAACCCUGAAAACGAGAUUGCCGUUUCUUUUAUUUAUCACCCAGUCAUCAACCCUACAAUCCCACAAUCCCUUGUCGUCCUUGAAGUUCCCAUAAUUCUCGUUGCUUCGUUCAUACUUAUGUAAGUUUUGUAUUUCUUAUCUUUUGCACUACGUAGACUAUCGCUAUUGUGGUGAAAAAAAUUUGAAAAUUGCCCGGCCCCUUAUUUACGGCCUUGAUCUACGCGAUGUCAAAGAUAUUUGUGCUCUUAUUAACUACAAGCAAAAUUUAAUCAUUCCUAUACUUUUUUUUCAGCAAGACAGGAUAAUAAUGGGCGCGAUCCAUUCAAUCAAAAUUCAGACCGGUCCGACCGGGAAAAGUGGUCCACCUCAAAAGGUGGACCAGUUUUUUCGGUUGGACAGAACCGAUCCAUUGAGUUUUGGGCCGAAAUUCCCGGAAAUUUUGGUUGAAUGGAUCGCGCCCAAUGUCUCUUUAUCCUCUCUUUUAUUUCAAUUAUUUAUUCCUUUUUCCGUUAUUUAUAUUUAUACUUUUGAUUUUAUUUGAGUGCUUUUGCAAUACUGUCAAUAGAUUUAAACAUGUAACGGGAUUCCUGUUGGCUGUGUUGGGAGUCCUGCGUGACCCCAAUCAUGCAUGAAAACUAGACUGCUAAGCCACUAUACAAGAAAGGUUGAAGGGUACUUCCUGUUCCAUGCAGACAAUCAUGCCUAGCCUAUCAGAACAUCAAUUUUCUUUUCCCUCGAUUUGUUACCCAUAGCUGAGCUACUACUUUUAUAAAAAUUAUGCAAGUCGAAAACGUCGCGAGUUACGGUCCCACUAUUUUUAAGACUAAGGGAUGCCGUCUUGCAUUUAUAAUCUCCGUCAUGCUCUUCCUCUAAUCUUUUUGAAAAUUUCAGCGAACCUAUCGUUACCAUGGUUACGAUGUCACGCUAGAGGCAGGGUGAAGGCUAUACUAAAGAAAGAAAAACUAAAACACCAGAAAAAUUCAGAAAAAAAGCAUGAAAAAUCGUACUAUCAGGCAAGGUUGAACGCUUUUGACCGAGUUGUGACAAAAUUGAACGCGGAAAAAGGGUUUUUUGCUGUAAAAUAUUCUUCAGCCCCAACAAUUUGUUGAAAGUUUAGUAGAGCUUUCGGAAACCAUCUGGAUCCUGUUAAUGACAGUAGAGACGAACGCCUUGUAGGCAAAUGUGACAGUGAUCCUUGUUUUCCGGGGAUCAAAAGAUUACGAAGGAAACCGCGCGUUCGAGGGAACCGAUACCAUUAUAUAAAUACAGCAUAUUUGAUCUGCCUCCGUCAGAAACAGCUAGACGAAGGCUAAACAAAAUCAUUUUAACUCCAGUGAAAAUUACAUCUACAUUUAUGACUGAAUACAACGAAGGGAAUGACUGAAUACAACGAAGGGCAAGCCAUUUGGAGAGUAUCCAAGGUUACCAGACGAGUUUUGUAUGUCAUUGGUGUGGUAGCCCCAUUUCUUUGCUUCGCGGGAAGUUCAGCAACCUUUACGGCAAUAUUUGUUGUUUUUUGUUCUCACUGUUCAAGGCCUAACUCGUUAUUGGUAUGGUUAAAUGGCCUUGCUGCUGUAAGUCUAUCCGCCAUUGGAAUCCAUGGAGUUGGAAUCCAUUGGAAUCCAUGAAUCAUAUGGAGUCUAUCCGCCAUAUAUUUAUAAAUGAUAUAUUUGUACUUUAUUCAUAAGUAUUAGAUAGGUAAUGCCAUGUAUAGAUAUGGAAAUACCUUAAUAAAUUGUUGUUGUUGUUGGAAUAACUAUCUUAUAUUUUGUAAUAUUUGGCUGUAGAGAAGGAGAUAACACUGAAAAUGAUGCUGACGUUGUCAUCUCCGAAAUUCCCGCCGAAGACUUGGAAAAAUCACCAGCUCCUGUAAUUCCUUACAAUCAUAUACCUCAUUAUUCACCGUUUGUUCAACCCUCUUCAAGAGAUUUGCCCGAUUAUUUUACCACGAUGCAAAACAGCAAUGGAGGGGAUUUACCGGAUUAUUAUAGUAUUCUUCAAAAUGGCAACGGAGCUCAGCUUUUCGCGGACGCUGAAAUCUCAGGAGAUACUUCACCACCAUGUUACGAGAAAACGCUUGAAAUGACUCGUUCUGGAACGGCAUGUGUCGACGUACGAUCUAGCAACAGUGUAUGACCUUUUGUUUGAGGAAAAGGUAUUCAGUAUCAUGAGCCAGAAUGGGACCAUUAUGGCUCUUUAUAUUAUGUAUCUUGACACAUGUCAGAUAGCUGCCGCAGACAUCAAGUCAAUAACCCAUUACUUUGACAUAAUAGAUCGUUUUCACUGUCACGCAACAAAAAAAUAAAUUGGAAACCGUCCAGUGGAAGAAGCCGAGAAAAUGACAUGUUACAAAAGACUAAUAUAUAAACAAUUUGUCCAAGUCUCAGGUCUUUGUGGCCCACUUUUUCUGAGUUAUUUGCCGAAACGUUUCACGCACCCUUGUAGAGCUUUGUAUGGAGACGCCAUAUUGGUGUACCGUUUUGGUCCACCAAUAUGGCCGCCGGAAAUCAACAAAACAUCUGGAGUUCACUUUUUCUAUAAAAGCUCUUUCUUUUCACUUGAGAACCAGCCUACGUGCGCAUAAACAUGUCUUGUAAUACUUGAAAUGGUUAUACUGCUGAAAAUCAAGAGGAGAGACUUUUUUCAACGAGACAGCAUUCCUGUUUUGGUGUCACGCACUGUGAAAACUCGGAAGUUCGUAUUGCUGUAUUUUCGAAAUGAAACAUGCUACGGGAAUGGAAACUUGAGCAAAGAUUUAUUUUUUGUUUAUCUUCAACCUAGGCUAAAUACGAAUUCGUAAAACCUCGCUGUUUUGACUUAACAGUUUGAUGACGUCACUGUGAAAACCGUCUAUUCGGUUUCUUGUACCACGGUCCUACUAGACUACGGGUAGUCCCCAUUUUUCCUCAGGGAUAGUAGAACGCGCAAAAUGCGAGCGCGUGUGAAAAUAACGCUAUGCGAGAAAGAAGAGACGCGGUGAGAGAGAGUAAAAUCACUACGUCUCUCGUCUCGCGUGGGGUGAUUUUCACGCGCGCUCGCGUUUCGCUCACUCUACUAUCCCUGAGGAAAAGUGGGGAUCACUCGUAGUCUGUGGUCCUACAUACGCUUAGGCUAUGCUCACCCCCACGGGCACUGGAUAGCUUCUCGUGCCGACAGGAAAAGCUAUCCAAUAACACCAAUCCGAUAUGUGACUCUCCUCUUAAGAGAUCGGCGAGGCGCAGCAUAUCGCGCGCGAGCGAGCGUCUCCUCUCGCGUGCCUCUCGCGCGUGUACUUUUCAUGAUAUCCCCCAAAUGGAGAGCUUGCUCGCAGGCUAAUCACCGUUCUUAUGUGUAAACUCAAGCCCUUUCUGGUGUGAUUUUCGUGCCGGCACAAAAGUUGUCCAGUAUUGUGUGAAUACCUGACAGCCUGACAGACAGGAAGAACAAGGGGAUUUCACUUUGGAAACCAAAACAGUCCACCGUGAGUUAAUCAGGAUGUCUGAUGCUUGUUGAGAGAAACUGAGAAAGAAAAUAGCAUGAUAAUUUCUUUCACCUGUAAAACAAUAAAUGAAUGACAACCACUGCUCUUUUCGGAACCUAGUUCCCAGGACUUAAGGGGGAUGAAGGAUGAGGAACCCUGAAAACGAGAUUGCUGUUUCUUUUAUUUAUCACCCAGUCAUCAACCCUACAAUUCCACAAUCCCUUGUCGUCCUUGAAAUUCCCAUAAUUCUCGUUGCUUCGUUCAUACUUAUGUAAGUUUUGUAUUUCUUAUCUUUUGCACUACGUAGACUAUCGCUAUUGUGGUGAAAAAAAUUUGAAAAUUGCCCGGCCCCUUAUUUACGGCCUUGAGGCACUUUGUGUACUAGAGUCUGCAAUACAUAUUAUUUUUAGUUUCUGCGUGGCAUGCGCCCUUGUUGUCCAUUUUUGACCAUUUCUUUGAAUCGUGUUCUCAGGGUUUUAAUGUUGACUUCUCUCUCAAGGGAGUGAUUGUUACGGAUAAUAUGAAGGAUUUAUUACCCGAAAAACCGAGUUUUAAAAAGUUAUAGGCACAAAUGAUAAUAAAUUCUGUUCCAUGUGUCAAUGAAACAAAAGUGAAUGGAAGACCGGUACUAUAGCCUCCAACGGAGACAUUCUUAGGGUCUUGCAACCUGAUAAUAAAUGCGCAGCCUCGUCCCAGGGCGUUUUUCCCUGGCUUUAGAGGUGGGACGCCCCACCUCCAAAGCCAAGAAAAAACGCCCUGGGGACGAGGCUGUGCAUUUCAGUAGCGAUUCAAUACGAAACAAACACUCGCUCGGAUCACGUGAUCCGAAACGCAUAGGCCGCGCGCAAUAAUGAGGCCUAGGAACAAGGCAAGAGCCGUGGUGGGAAGCUAUCGGUACUGGGUGGCAAUGGGCUAAUUUUUUUUAGCCCAACAUUAUGCUAACUAUAUGUUGAGCCUUUCUUAUGGCCCGCCAAAGCUAUACUGUACCGUGAUGAAAAUGAAACUCACGAUUGUCGUAGCCAAUAGACAAGGAGCCAAAAAGGAGAUAAAAUAAACUUAGUCCUUCGAUUCUCUUAUGCUCGACUUUAUUCUCAUCCUAAGAGGCGAAAACGUUGUCGUUGAAAUUUAUGCUGACAAAAAUCCAGGCAUUUAACAGGCCUGGGCUAAUACGGUAAGGUAAGUGUAACCUGAGAUCAAGCUCUAUUUUCGUUUCGCUUUGAAAAUUACAUUCCGGGGGGCAAGGCGAAACGAAACGGUAGCCGUUAGAGAGAAUGUACGAGCACCGCUAAAAGUGGGCCUGAUCUCAGGUUACCGCAGUUACGAAAAUGAAAGGGCCAUCAUGUUCCUUUCAAACUGUCAUAAGAAGCUUCAAAUUAUAGUUUGGUACCGUUCCCACUAAAUCUUUAAAAAAUGUCACAAUAUAUUGAGGCAGACCUGUCAUGGAAAUGGCCCAAGUGUGGAAGAAGGCUUUUAUAUGCAGUCUUAUCGCUGUUCUGUUUCAUGGCAAGUGCAGCGGCUUUUAUCAUUGGAUUUAUGAUGUUAUGUCCAGAUUGUGCAUCUCCAAACACGCUUUUACUGUGGGUACAUUUGGUAGGUGCCUUUCUGUUAUUCGCCAUUGGAAUGAAGACAUUGAUGACAAUAAUAUUCAGCAGAGGAAGGCAAAACACUCCUCCAUCUCGGGUUCUCAUUUCUGACGCUCGUACGGGAGAUUUGGAGGAUUCACCCGCCAUUAGUGCUACCCAUCGCAUGCCUCGUCGUUUACUGUUUGUUGUAAACCCACUACGUAAUCUAGUACCUCGGCAAAACCAGGUCGCUGAAGAUCUAUCUUGGAGAUAUUUGCCGGAUUAUUUCACUGCUCUACAGAACAGUAAUGACGCAGGUGCUGGGGAAAAGCAUUUCAACGAAGCAUUUUGCACAGAAUACGUGCCCACAACUCCACCUCCAUGUUACGAAGAAGCGCUUGAAAUGACACUGAUGGCAAUACCUGUAUCAAAUGAGGAGAAGGAUGCGCAUUUCGAAGAGUUGUGA